GCUUACUCCCGUUUGCCUGAAGCUUCUUAAUUUAUAGGAGUAAUAAUGAAUAUGUUUGGUUUCAUUUUAUACUGCAAGAGUAAAGAAGACAACUGCAGUUCGCGCCGUUUUUGAGUUUUUACAAAAACACAAACAACUCCCAACUAGGUACUUGACUUUAGUUAAGUGUUUGCUUUUCGCUCUACAUUCCGCGUCCAAAGUUUUGUCGUAAAAUUUAAAAGUGUUAAAUAGUUCAUUUUUACAAUGAAAACCAGUGUGUCUCAAUUUGAAAUGCUUGUUAAUUUUAUAGAAAAACAUGGUGAUAUAAACAAACCCACUAAAAAUGCUAGUGGAAGGAUCCAAACAAUCCAAGCUUGGGACCGUCUGACCGAUUUGUUGAAUGGUGAUGCAACAGGUGAAGCAAAAACAACAGAGAAAUGGAAAAAAGUGUGGAGUGACUUAAAAAAUAAUACUAAAAAGAAAGCAGCAAAAAUUAAUAAGGGUGCUAGAGGUACUGGUGGUGGGCCUGCUUUACAAAUCCGACUCUCUGAGCUGGAGGAGCGAGUGCUCAGUAUAAUCGGGCCGCAAGCUGCUACAGGUCUGAUGGGGGUGCCUGAAGCUGGCUUUUUUCAGGAACCAAAUGUAACAGGGGAUACUGACAGGACAUUAUCGUUACCUGAAACAUUGCCCCAUGUCGUCCUCGAAUCAUCAGAGAGCCCUACAAUAUUUUCAUUACCAGAAGUUGGGGAAAUUUCAAGAGUGACUCAUGUUGAAAUUCCUGCUAAUGAAAAAUCAGUUCAUGAUGUUUGGAAUGAGGCUGGACCGUCACACCAGCCUCAUGUACCACCACCGACGCAGACGCCACCGCCAGUUCACCAGGAGGAUAUUGCACCAGCUCAUCGUCAGCCAGCUCAACGAGGGCAGACACCUCGUCGUCGGCACGGUUCACCAUUACGCCGUGCUCGUUCACCGAGAAGGCGCCUUGUCGGACCACAUUCCCACAUUGAGCAGGCAACGCAGCAAUUUUUAUCUUCCGAUGAGGAAUGGCGAUAUUUUCUCCGAAAAAAACAUGAGGAUGAAAUAGAACUCGAGAGAGAAAAGCUGCGCAUUAAAGAAAAAGAAAUUGAGGCACAACAUCGAUGGCAGGAUGUAACUAUGAGUGCAAUAGCUGCAUUGAAUAGAAUAAUUGAUUCUAGAUUUUUAAGAGACUAGGUCACUGUUUUUUUAAAUUAGUACGUAAUUAGGUAAUAUUGCAUGGUAAUUUUUUUUUAAGUUCUACUGUUUUACUAACAUAUUAUUAGGUAAUAAAAA